CCGCGCGCACUGGCUUCGCUGUCUCCACUCGGGAUCGCAGGGAAAGCCAUGGAGACGUCCGGACCCUCUUCCCAGGCUCAGGACCACAGUGGAUUCCACGGAGGAGCGGAAGAUGGAGAGACAAACUGCCACAAGCAAGAUGGGAAGGCAGGACUCUCUUCUCCAGGGCACUAUGAGAGAGACAAGUCUUCCUCUUCAUCUUCCUCCUCCUCCUCCUCUUCAUCCUCUUCCUCCUCCUCCUCUUCAGGCACCGAACACGGGGGGCUUGAUGUGGCGCGCAAUGAACUGCAGUUGUAUGGAGGUGCUGCGGGCGCCGAGGGAGAGCUGGCACCGUCUGGAGAGUCAGAACUCCAAAGAAGAGGCUCGGUGUCGGAGGCCGGGGAGGUGGAGGCUUCAGAGUUCCCAAGACAGAACAUAAAGAAAGAUGACGAGUUCUUCCACUUCGUCCUCCUCUGCUUUGGCAUCGGGGCUCUGCUGGUGUGCUAUCACUACUAUGCGGACUGGUUCAUGUCCCUCGGGGUCGGCCUGCUCACCUUCGCCUCCCUGGAGACGGUCGGCAUCUACUUCGGGCUGGUGUACCGGAUCCACAGCGUGCUACGAGGCUUCAUCCCCCUCCUGCAGAAGCUCCGGCUGCUGGGGAUCAGGAAGACAGACUGAGGCCUCUGCCAGGCUCCAGCCUGACCACCGCUGCCCCGCUGGGCCCCGAGGACAGAGCCACAUG